AUGCCUACCGUCGCUGUUGACAAGGAGGAUCUGUGGGAGCGGCUUGGGCGCAAGUAUUCGACGGAGGAGUUUGACAAGCUAUGUUUCGACUUUGGUAUCGAACUCGACGAAGAUACAACGGAGGAGGUGGAAGCAGCAAAGAAAAAGGGUCUCCCUGCCGAGCGUCCACAACUCAAGAUCGAGAUACCUGCUAACAGAUACGAUCUCCUUUGCAUCGAAGGCAUAGCGAGAGCCCUGCGUAUCUUUCUGGGAAAGGAUCAGCCACCGCAAUACAAGCUAGUGUACCCUCCAGGUGGCGAAUCAAACCUCCUGACCGUCACUGUCGCGCCAGAGACGAAACAAAUUCGGCCCUAUUUUGCAUGCGCCAUCCUUCGAAAUCUCCACUUCACCCCCCGUUCCUAUGCCUCUUUCAUUGACCUUCAAGACAAGCUUCACCAGAACCUGUGCAGGCGGCGGCAGUUCGUCGCCAUCGGUACGCACGACCUGGACACCAUCGAGGCACCGUUCAGAUAUGAGGCACGGAAUCCCAAGGAUAUCAAGUUCAUCCCGCUAGGCAAAGACAAAGCAUAUACGGCCGAGGAGCUGAUGACUGUCUACGAGUCUGAGAAACAUCUGGCAAGAUAUCUGCACAUCAUCCGUGACUCCCCUGUCUACCCAAUUAUCUACGACCAAAAAGACCGCGUACUGUCCAUGCCUCCGAUCAUCAACUCGGAGCACAGCAAGAUCACCUUGAAUACGAAGAAUGUGUUCAUUGAUGUAACAGCUACGGAUGAGACGAAGCUGGCCAUUGUCGUGAACAUUAUCUCGACCAUGUUCUCUGAAUACUGCGCAGAACCUUUUACCAUCGAGCCCUGCAAAGUUGUCUAUUCCUCCGGGGAGACCCGUAUCACCCCGGACAUAUCCUCUCGCCCGACAACGGCGCACACCUCGUACAUCAACUCCUGCACGGGACUUACCCUUUCGUCCUCGCAGAUCGCGACCCUCCUGCGCCGCAUGUCCCUCCCUACGGAGCCAUCGCUCGAUAACCCUACCGAGGACAUAUUAGUCUCCAUACCCCCGACGCGCCCGGAUAUUCUGCACGAGUGCGAUAUCAUGGAGGACGCGGCGAUUGCCUAUGGGUUCAACAACCUGCCCGAGAGGUUCCCCAAGACGAGCACCGUCGGGCAGCCGCUCGCGAUCAGCAAGCUGAGCGACGUGGUGAGGAUCGAGUGGGCGUUAGCAGGCUGGGUCGAAGUCCUGCCCUUGAUCCUGUGCUCCCACGAAGAGAACUUCGAGUGGCUGAACCACCACGACGACUCGCUCGCCGUCAAGAUCGCGAACCCCAAGACGCUCGAGUUCCAGGUCGUCCGCACGACGCUCCUCCCCGGGCUGCUCAAGACCGUGCGCGAGAACCGCUCGCAUCCACUGCCGAUCCGCAUCUUCGAGACCUCCGACGUCGUGUUCAAGGACAAGUCGCGCGAGCGCCAGGCGCGGAACGAGCGGCACGCGGCGGCCGUGUGGUGCAACAAGAGCGCCGGGUUCGAGGUCGUGCAUGGCUUGCUGGACCGGAUCAUGGCGAUGCUCGAGGUCCCUAGGAUUGGAAGCGCGGAGUACAAGGCGAAGACGGGGUAUUACAUCAAGGAGUGCAGCGAUCCUGCUUUCUUCCCUGGCCGCGCAGCUACUAUCUAUUAUCGCGCGCCUCAAGAGAAAUCGUCAACGUUGGACUCCAUCAAGAAAGACGUCCUGCACAUGCCUGGUGAUCUGGCCAUCGGCACAUUGGGUAUCUUGCACCCGACCGUGCUAGAGAAGUUCGAAAUCGGCUAUCCUUGCUCGGCGCUCGAAUUUAAUCUCGAGCCAUUCCAGAAGGAGAUGCAGGCAGACUGGACAGAG